AUGAUGUCGGAAUCUAUGAGCAUAUCAGUGAACGGACAAUCUCAAGUACCCCCUGGGUUUAGGUUUCAUCCGACGGAGGAAGAGCUGUUGCAGUAUUAUCUCCGGAAGAAGGUCAAUAGCAUCAAGAUCGAUCUUGAUGUUAUUCGUGACGUUGAUCUCAACAAGCUCGAGCCUUGGGAUAUUCAAGAGAUGUGUAAAAUAGGAACAACGCCACAAAACGACUGGUAUUUCUUUAGCCACAAGGACAAAAAAUAUCCAACGGGAACGAGAACUAACCGAGCAACCGCAGCCGGAUUCUGGAAAGCAACCGGUCGCGACAAGAUCAUAUAUAGCAAUGGCCGUAGGAUUGGGAUGAGAAAGACUCUUGUUUUCUACAAAGGUCGAGCUCCACAUGGCCAAAAAUCUGAUUGGAUCAUGCAUGAAUAUAGACUCGACGACAAUAUUACUUCCCCUGAUGAUAUAGCUGUUCAUGAGGUGGUGAGUAUUAUAGGGGAAGCAUCACAAGACGAAGGAUGGGUGGUGUGUCGUAUUUUCAAGAAGAAGAAUCUCAACAAAGCCCUAAACAGUCCCGUCGGAGGAGCUUCACUGAGUGGCGGCGGAGACACGGCGAGGACGACGUCAUCUCAAAUCUUCCACGAUGAUACUCUUGAGCAGUUUCUAGAACUUAUGGGGCGAUCUUGUAAAGAAGAACUAAAUCUAGACCCUUUCAUGAAACUCCCAAACCUCGAAAGCCCUAACAGUCAAACAGUAAACAACAACUGCCACGUCAGCUCGCCUGACAUAAAUCAUAAUAUCCACGUCAGCAACGUGGUCGACACUAGCUUCGUUACUAGCUGGGCCGCUCUAGACCGGCUUGUGGCCUCGCAGCUCAACGGCCCCACAUCGUACUCAAUCGCAGCCGUCAACGAGAGCCACGUGGAUCAUAGUCAUCUCACACUGCCUUCCGUCCGAUGCCUUAACCGGUCCGAUUCGUACCACGCCGGUUCAACGCAGGAAUAUACCUCGGAGAUGGAGCUUUGGAAUACGACGACGACGACGACGACAUCUCUAUCAUCAUCGUCUGACCCAUUUUGCCACGUGUCUAAUGGUAGUAGAUAA